UCGAUGGACGCAGAGCACUUCCGGCGUCGCCAUGGCGGCUAACGCUACCACUAAUCCGUCGCAGCUGCUACCUCUAGAGCUUGUGGACAAGUGUAUAGGAUCAAGAAUUCACAUCGUGAUGAAGAGUGAUAAGGAAAUUGUUGGCACACUUCUAGGAUUUGAUGACUUUGUCAAUAUGGUACUGGAAGAUGUCACUGAGUUUGAAAUCACACCAGAAGGAAGAAGGAUUACUAAAUUAGACCAGAUUUUGCUAAAUGGAAAUAAUAUAACAAUGCUGGUUCCUGGAGGAGAGGGGCCUGAAGUGUGAAUGGACUCCCUUGAUUUCCCACGCCAGAUUCUGGUUUGUCUUCUGAUGACAACUAUAAUUUUUUUUAAACCUUUCAAUGUCUGGAUUCUGUGAAGCCAAGUUUCCCGUUAAAGGGGAAUGCUUUGAAGAGGCAUUGUAAAUGCCAUUUUUAAGUUAAUCAUGUUUAUCUUGGGGGGAAAAAGAACAUCAAAGACUAAAAUAAAGGUGUUUUUGUUUAAUUGUCUUUAUUACACUGCAGUAGCCAUUGGAACAAAGCUUGUAGUCAUCUUGUCAAUUGCUCUUGUCAUUUUAUGUGUUUGCUUCCUUAUUUAUAUGACCACUUGAGUCUCAGAAAUGGUUCCAAACAAGGUGACGAACAUUGGUUUUGAGCAGGUUCAUUUAACCUGAAAUGAUUCAAUUUGAUUCAAACUGUGAUACUUUGAAAUUAGGAUUUUUCUACUGAACUCAAUUCCCAUUAACUUUUGUUAAAAACAAACAAGCAAAAAUACACAGGUAAUCUGUGCACAUUACAGAAGUGCAGACAAAUAAAAAGGAAAAUAUUCGUCGUUCUUUGCUGUCUAGCCUCUUAGACCUUCUCAGUACACGUUUUAUAUUUACAAACACUAUUUCACCCUGAUUAUGCUGUUUGUAGCCUCCAUUUAAGACUUUUUAAAAGUUUAAGUGGUGAACAUCUUUUCCCGUCAGGUAUUUCAGCAACAUUAAGGUGUGCACAGUAUUUCAUUAAAUGGAUUUACCAUAAUUUAUUUAGCCUAUUAUUAUUGGCCAUGUUAAUCUAACUAAAUCUUUAUACACUUUUGUUUUUCUUAGAAGAA